AUGCGUCCAAUACUUAGAAGUAAAUCUCUUGUAGAGACAACUCUGUCACAUUUACAUCUAAAGCAUAUUGAACAUCAACAUCAAACGAAUGAGCAACUACUUGAUAGAAUUGAUAAACUUCUCAAUCAAUUAUCAUCCGUGAAACCAUUUUGUCUUGAAGAACUUGAACAAUGGCAUCAAACAGCUUAUCAAUCUAUAGAUCAAUAUUGCAAAGAAAAACGUCAUGAUUUAAUUGAAAAACAACAAGAAAAACAUCAAAUAGAACUUCAUCAUCUUCAAAAUGAAGUUAAUCAAUUAACUAAAGAACAAGAUCUAACACAAAACCAAUAUAAUUUAAUUAAACAUAAUAUUCAAUUAGCCGAAAUAAAACUUAAUGAAUUUGAACAUUUUCGAUUAAGUCUUUAUCCAUUAAUUAUCAAUGAACAUCUUGUUGUUCAACAACAUAUCUUUCCUCUAUCUCAUCCUUAUCGAACUAUUCAUAUGACUAAUGGUAUUGAAAGUUCAAUGGCUGUUAAUGAUAAAUAUCUUCUUGUUAAUCGAGAAAAUACACAUCUAUGUUUACUCGAUCGAAAUUUAAAAAUUAUUAGUGACAUACCAUUUACACAUUAUAAUAUUCAUACAAUAGUAAUACUUGAUGCAAAUACAAUGUUAUUAGAAAAAUGUUCUAUUUCAUCUAAUGAAAAUUGGUCGCAUGGAACAAUUUCAGAAGAUACUUUAUUCUUAUCAACAGCAGAAAGGGAAUGGAAUUCAUCAGUAGCAUAUGAAAAAAAUGAAAUUAUUUGUGAUUUGAAAUAUAAAAAUAGCUUUCUUGCUAUUCCUAUUUUUAAUGAACAUAAAGAAGAAAGUUGUUUUGAUUUACGUUCGUCAACAACAUUUGAAUGUAUUUGGUCAGUUCAAAUUCAUGGACAUUGUCGUUGUUGUUCAAUUAAUGUUGAUCAAUGGUUAGUAAUGGAUCAUGAUCAUUGUCGAUUCUUUCAUAUUUCGGCUAAUGGAAAACUAAUAAAAUCGGAUAAAUACCAUCAACAUCAGCACCUUGAAGAUAUUCUUUCAUGGGAUGAAAAUGAUAUUGUCGUCUUAACCAAAAAAAGUGUUAAUUUGCAUAAACUUUAA